UGAGCUGUCAGUUUCAGUGCUGAACCGAAUCAGCGGUAGUGUUCAAUGCGGUUGCAGCGACAGGCGAAAUACGCUAGAUGGCAAUAUUCGCUUUCGAAACGGGCGUGUCGAAAUGAGCGCACGGGGUCAGGUCCGUCUCGAAAUGAACCCCAAAUAACGACUCCGCCGCAUGCGCGUCUGCCAAUAUCCAUCCAGCCGUCCAUUUUCUCAUCCGUUUUAUCCUCAGGAGGGUCGCGGGGGUGCUGGAGCCGAAAUCCCAGCCGUCUUCGGGCGCGGGGUGGGACACCCUCAACAUCAUCUGUUGAGGUUGUUGUGUGGGGGGCGAUUUACAAGUAACGCGGUGCCUUGAGCGUAAAAGUUUGCCGGGAUGUCGGCCGGACUCCACCUCCCACAAUGCAUUGGCGCGCAGCCGCUCCUGCUUGCUUUCUCUUUCUGCUUGCCUUUGCGUGUGUGCGAGUGCGUGCGUGCGCGUGUGUGUGUAUGUGCGAGAGGGAGAGCGAGAGAGAGAGCAAGAGAGAGAAAGAGAGAGAGAGAGAGAGAGCAGCUCCGUCACGGCAUCCUUUUGCGGCCAGCCGGCGUGCGAGCUCGACUCACCCCCGCGGUGCUUUUCGGGCCAACAUGGAACCGCGGAGCGCGCGUUUUCGGGGGCGGGCGCAGGAGGCGACGGGGACUGUAAAACCGAGACGCUUGGAUUUGGGUUGCCGCUGCGCCUCUUGAGAACGGCUCGCGUUUUCGUCGCAGGUUUUGCCUUUUCCGUUCCUUCUUCUUUCCCUCUUCUUUGAAGCGGCGUCGUUCCGUCGCAGCGAUGCGGGCCGCUCGGCGCUGAUCGCGGCUCCGUUCAAGAUGAAGAAGCAGUUCAAUCGGAUGAGGCAGCUCGCCAACCAAACGGUGGGAAGGGCUGAAAAAACCGAGGUGUUCAGCGAAGACCUCCUGCAGGUGGAGAAGCGUCUGGACCUGGUCAAACAAGUGACGCACGGCACUCACAAGAGGCUGACGGCCUGCCUGCAGGGUCAGCAGGGGCUCGACGCGGAGAAGAAAUCCGUCAAGUCGCCUUCUAAAAAGCUGCCACUCACCAUCCUGGCCCAAAGCCUGGUGGAGGGAGCGGCAGUGUUGGGAGAUGACUCGCUCUUGGGGAUGAUGCUGAAGAUGUGCGGCGAGACGGAGGAGAAGUUGGCCCAGGAGCUCAUGGACUUUGAGCUCCAGAUCGAGCGAGACGUGGUGGAGCCGCUCUACGCGCUCGCCGAGGUGGACAUCCCCAACAUACAGAAACAAAGAAAGCACUUAGCCAAACUGGUCUUGGACAUGGACUCGUCGCGAACGAGAUUCCAGCAGUCGUCCAAGUCGUCCGGCCACCCGAGCGCCCUCCAGCCCGGCGCCAAGUCCGAGUCGCUCCGAGAGGAGAUGGAGGAGGCGGCCACUCGGAUGGAGAUCUGCAGGGAUCAGCUCUCGGCCGAUAUGUACGGCUUUGUGGCCAAAGAAAUGGACUAUGCAACUUACUUCCAGACCCUCAUCGAGACGCAAGCCGAAUAUCACAGGAAGUCGCUGGAGAUUCUCAACAGCAUCCUGCCCCAAAUUAAGGCGCACCAAGAGGCGUGGGCGGAGAAGCCGUCGUUUGGCAAGUCUCUGGGAGAGCACCUGAACAUUAGCGGCCGGGAAAUCGCCUUCCCCAUCGAAGCGUGCGUCACCAUGCUGCUGGAGUGCGGCAUGCAAGAGGAGGGCCUCUUCCGAGUGGCUCCGUCAGCCUCCAAACUGAAGAAGCUGAAAGCCUCCCUGGACUGCGGCGUUCUCGAUGCGCAGGAGUACUCGUCCGACCCGCACGCCAUCGCAGGCGCUCUCAAAUCGUACCUCCGCGAACUUCCCGAGCCGCUGAUGACCGCGGAGCUUUACGACGAGUGGAUCCAGGCCUCCAACAUUCAAGAUAUGGACAAGAGACUCCGAGCAUUGAUGGCAGCGUGUGACAAACUGCCCAUGGAUAACUUCAACAACUUGAGAUAUCUGGUGAAAUUCUUAGCCAAACUGAGCGAGUACCAGGACGCCAACAAGAUGACGCCUGGCAACAUGGCCAUCGUCCUCGGCCCCAACUUGCUGUGGACGCACACCGAGCCGGACAUGACGGAGAUGAUGACCACGCUGUCGCUGCAGAUCGUCGGAAUCAUCGAGCCCAUCAUCCAGCACGCCGAUUGGUUCUUCCCUGGAGAGAUGGAAUUCAACCUAACCGGCAGCUACGGCAGCCCCGUCCACGCCAACCACAACUCCAACUACAGCUCCAUGCCGUCCCCCGACAUGGAGCAGUUGGAACGCAAGCAGCCGCACCACGACCAGAGCCGGCGCCCCCUCAGCGUUGCCACGGACAACAUGAUGCUGGAAUUCUACAAGAAGGACGGCAUUAGGAAAAUCCAAAGCAUGGGCGUGCGAGUCAUGGAUACUUCCUGGGUGUCGCGCAAGGGGUCGUCCACGCUGGCCCGCAAGACCUGCUCCACCCCUCCGGGCGCCGACUCGCUCGCCGCCGCCGAGCUGGCCGGGGACUUUGCCCCCUCGCCGGCUGCCACGCCACCCCCGGCGGAAAGGAUCAGCUCGUUGAAGGGGAACGAGCUGUCCCCCGUCAUCGGCCACAAGGGCAUCCAAGUGGCCGGUCCAACGGUGCCCCCUCACUGCAGUCCGCCGAGCGGCGGCCAGUGCCCCCACCCCACGGAGCACAGCCCACACAGCUCGCGCAAAGGUUCCAAAAAGUUGGCCCCCGUGCCACCCAAGGUCCCGUACUGUCAGCCGGGCGCCACGUGCGAGCGCUCCGCGGGUCAGCCGUCACCGGUCAGCCUUUCGCCCACCCCGCCCAGCACCCCCUCCCCUUACGGAUUGCUCUGCGGCAGCCCGGGUCAGUUGCUGGCCCCUUCCUCCCCGGCUCAGACCCCUCUGGCGGCGCCCCGCUCCCUUUCGUCCCCGCCCUCGCUGACGGGGACGCUCACCAAAGCGCGGCCCGCCCCCAAGCCCAGGCAGAGACCCAGCCUGCCCCCGCCGCAGCCGCCCAGCAUCCCCGUCGGGUUCGCCGGCCAGGCCCCGCCGCCCCCGCCGCCGCCGGAGCAGGGCCUCGCAGAUGGACCGUCGCCGGGGGAGAGCAUGUCAACAGACAUCUUCAGUUACGAGAUCCCCUCCAUCAAUGUCAAUCUGGACAGCCUCAUCGACGAGUUCAGCGGCGGCCCAUGCAGGAGGUCACUGCCCGCCACCGAGGAGGCCGCGCCCGAGGAGGAGCGGCUGGCGACCACCCUAUGAUGGCGCCGAUCGCCGCUAAAGGCCUGAGGGGAAAACGCACCGCUUGGCCUCAUCGAUUUGGAUUAAAAAAAAAAAAAAAAACAUUGGAAAGAAAAAGGGCCAAAUGCCACUCGGACAAACCGAUGCCUUGAGGAGGGAAGAGUGGAUUCUAGCUCUCUACUUCUUUUUUGCUUUGUUGACUAGUGGUCUUGCGGUGGUCCUUUGAUCCCUCUUUUUGCUUUGCCUUCAAUGCGAUUUCGUUGUAUGCUGAGGAUUUUGCUUUCAUGGAGCGUGACAUGAAUGUGAUGAAUUUGCCAUACAGGCUAUCUUCGAUGCACGUGAGGUUGAUUUCCUCAAAUAGUGGCCUCGGGCAUUUCCAACCUUUUUUUUGGUUUGUUUUUAACUCAUCUGACGACCAGCUCUCUAUUAGGGAAUGUUUUUGGGGGCGGGGGGGUGUUGUCUCCAUCUGCCCGUUGCAUUAUUUAUUUGAGGAGGGCGUUUAUUUUUUUUCUCAAACGGGGAACGCACCCGACGUCUAAUUCUCUGUGACUUUUGUUGUUAUUGAAACGUUGACCAUCUUUCUGACGCGUCCUUUGCGUCAAUGUCAGCUUUACAAAUAUGCCAGAUCCUCUCCGAUUGCAAAAAAAAAA